GAACAGAUUCCGCUCAACUUUGCACGUUUCUGAUUCCAUUUAUUUCUGAUUAGAAGACCAACUGUGGGCUCUCAGUCGCACGCGGCACGUAACCACGUUACUUUGGCAAGGGCCGGCGGAGGCACCGACGCACCAUUUCACCUCGGUGAACGUUUGAGAAGAUGUCAAACUCUCUGGCGCGCAAUGCAGGACUGCGACUAGGACCACUGGUACUGGAAACGUUGGUCAAACAUUACUUCGACCGUAUCAAGAAGGAGAAUGCACAACGGUCCAACUUUGCAACACAGUUGCACGAAGACGAACUUCUCUACCAUGAAGCGUUCAAUAUUGUGAAGAGUUUCCUCGAGGCUGCGUCAUAUCACACCGUGGAGGAAGUCCAAGCAUUUUCAAAUAACCGAACGCCGUCUCUUCCCUCGACCCAUGUUGUGCGUUUAUUAGUUCCAUUAUCCUGCUGCGACGAGGCUGCCGGCUACCUUAUCCAAGCCCUCGGUGGAGAAGAAUUUGCCAAGCGCUUAGUGGGUGGCACAAAGUGGUGGCAAGUGCGUGGAGUCAAAGGCAUCGAUGCAGAGUGGAUCACGGCUCGCAAGGAUUACCAAGAAGCGAAGAAGCGGAGCAAAGCGAAACAUAAAGAGGGUUCAAAUACCGAAAUACCCCCCAGUGAAAGCGAUACCCCGACCUCAGGUGGACUGCCAGCCUCCAGCUCAAAUGAGAGUAAUACUUACAAGGAAGAAAUGGACGAAAUGCGCUGCAUACUAUACGCUCAUGGAGGGGGUUACUAUUUCGGGAGCGUUGAUCAAGAAAGAUAUAGUCUCCAGCGGCAUGCAAGGAAGAUCAACGGUCGUGUUUUUGCUAUCAACUACCGCCUAGCUCCGCAGUAUCCUUUUCCCUGCGCCCUGCAAGAUCUUCUUGCUGCAUACCUUUACUUGAUCAGACCUCCUUCUGAUGCGUCCCACCAGCCAGUACAACCAGCACGUAUUGUUGUUGCAGGAGAUUCCGCAGGAGGCGGUCUAACCCUCGCAUUGUUACAAAUCUUGCGCGAUACUGGACUCCCAUUACCUGCAGGAGGAAUCUUGAUUUCUCCUUGGUGCGAUUUAACACACUCUUUCCCAAGUAUUCACACCAACACCCCAACGGAUGUCAUUCCUGUAUAUGGACUUUCAUUCCAAAAACCUAGUCCCUUAUGGCCUCCACCAUCAGAUGAAAUGACGAACACCGUUCAUUCUGGGCUGCGCAAGCGGAUUCGUCAGAUAGUCCGGCUUGAAUCGAAACAAGAUAAGCAUGAUGCCGAAGCUUCCUCAAAUGUCAGCAUACAUCCGGAUUCAAGGGGUACAUCAUUGUUUAACAUCACUGGGGAGGAUGAAAAAUCGGCCACCAGCGAAAUGCCUGUAAAUGUUGGUGCCACUGCUCCACUGCCGUCAGUCGACAAGAAAGAAGAUCAGGCCAUACACCUCCUAGCUAAUUCAGGUGAAGUAUUGGUAAUAGAGGAGCAAGUGCACAUGUAUGCCCAGAAUAGCUUGCUCGGACACCCACUCGUUAGCCCAGCCCUCUCGUACCUGGGCGGCUUGCCGCCUUUGCUCUUCAUUGCGAGUGAUAAGGAAGUUUUGAGAGACGAAGCUAUAUAUUCGGCUCACAAAGCCGCGGAUCCUUCCCGUCAUCCUCUCAAGGAGGAAAUACGUUCUCUAUACCCACCACUCAAAGGAAUUGAAAACCGAUUUAGUCCAACUGCAGUUCAUCUACAGGUCUAUGAUGAUACUGCUCAUAUUUUGCCGGUCCUGUUUUCUUUUACCACACCUGGAAAAUUUUGCUACCGCGCAAUUGCGUCGUUCACAAAGCACGUAACAGGCAUGAACGCACUGUCCAGAUCUUCGUCCAGUCCAACUGUCUCUCCUAGCGCCUCAUCCUCUCGCACCGCCGUCAGGAGGUUUUCUCUGCUCUCCCGCGCGUUGUCUACACCUGAAUUUUUAAAUCGCAUCCAGGGAAAACCAGAUAGCCCGUUGUCGUCGAAUGGUCCUGAUUCCGCUGGUCCUUCCCCGCGCUCAUCUAAAUCCUUUCUCCCUCCAUUUUCUCGACCUGGCUUACCAGCGCGUGCGACCACCCUCAGCGUGCCAAAGUCUGCAUCUGACAACGCUCUUUUCCAAUCCACGUUGCGGGCUCGAUCUUCCGACAAUGUAAACGUGGGAGGCACGGAUAUCAGGGGUGCGUCUGACUCCGCUGAUUCAGUACAGCGAUUUGCAGGAGAGUGUAGCGUAUAUUGCGAUGACCAAGGUGUUCCCUCCUGGAAGGAAGGCAUAAUUCGCGAAAGGGUGUCCACUUCCGGUGUCAUUCGACCACUGGAACCAGAGUCAGAAUUGGACGCAUUUCAUAUUCCUCUGGAAAUCAUGGGAGUCCUUUCAGAGCUCGCUGUGCGACGCUAUAUGGAGGGAAAGGGAAAAUUUGACAAAAAGUUCGCGAAAGAGCGACACGCCAUCCAGAAGCAACGAAACCGCAACCUCGAGCUCUCGAAAAAAGACGUUCUAAAGAAUAUAGCACAGCUUCAGGAUUGGCAUGGUUCGCAGAGCAACAAUAGCAAGGGGAAGGCGCGCGAUACUGCGAAAGGCAUCAAAGAAGGACUAGAAGCUGCCUCUGCCAGCUGGAGUUGGGCUUGGGCUUUGGACGUGGACGAGCGUCCGCCACCGAGUAGUAUUGUAUCGCGGCGAGAUACAGAUGAAGCUCGACGGCUCGCGCGAAUUGCUGAUCAAGCUGUCUUACAAGAGCGCAGUCAGAUGAGCGCCAACAGCUUGUGGGCUGUCAUCGUUAAUUUCUUAAACGUGGCCCCCGAACGCGAUCACAAACAUGCCGACUCCGAUGUCAGCGAUGGCGGCAACCAGCCAGCAUCCCCAUUACGGAAACGCAAGUCGUUGUUUGCCUCACUACGACCCCGAGCAUGAGAGGUGAACCUGUCUGAGUAAAUGAUGUACAUAUAGAGCUUUGUGGUAUAAUGACACUAUCACCCGCGCGAUAAUAGAUGGUUGUUCACAACCAGGAAUUUAUUUUUUGUAAGCCUGCGAUUACGAAAUGGCGUAUUUACCCCAUUGAACCUGCCUGCUGGGUCGAGUCGAAUAAAAAUGUAGGGCCUGCAUGAAAGGUGGACUUCUCCCU